UUGCUAUUGCGGAGCGCUAUUAAUACAGAGAGACAGGCACACAUCAGCUCAGGGGGAGUGACCUUUGGUUUUCUGAAUGGUAUUCCGUACAUACUAGUCCUGUAUGCCUCCUCAUUAUCAGCAGAUUCAGCACGGUGCACAGCUCACAAACACGCCAGCCAGUGCUUGUCCCUCCCUAUGAGAUUCAAUCCCUUCCCAUUAUCCCCUCCUCCUGCCCACCUCUCCCAUUCCCACAAAGUCUUCGUCCUCUCUGCCUCCAAACCCCUCAGACCACGCUGGCCUCGCAUGGGGUCUACCAUCAAUACACCAAUCGCCACCUUCCGUCGCCACCGCAAGAAGGACAAGAUCGUCGUCAUCAUGGGGGCUACCGGAACCGGAAAAUCCAAACUUUCCAUCGACCUCGGCAUCCGCUUCAAUGGCGAGAUCAUCAACUCCGACAAAAUGCAAGUCUACAAGGGCCUCGACAUCACCACCAACAAAAUCCUACCCCACGAGCGGCGCGGCGUCCGCCACCACCUCCUAGGCGAGGUCGACCCGGACGAAGGCGAGUUCACCCCCGCCCAGUUCCGCCAAGUCGGGGGGUCCAUCAUCUCUGACAUCACUUCGAGAAGGAAGCUGCCCCUCAUCGCCGGCGGGUCCAACUCGUUGGUACAUGCGCUGGUCGCAGAGAGGUUCGAUCCCAAGUCAAACGUCUUCGACGGGUUGGGGUUGGUCUCGUCGGAGCUGCGAUACAACUGUUGUUUUCUCUGGGUGGACGUGUCGUUCAUGGUGCUGUCGGAGUACCUGUCGAAGCGGGUGGACGACAUGCUCGACUUGGGGAUGUUCGAGGAGCUGGCCGAAUUCUACGACCCGGCCGAGUCCGAAAACACGUCCCCUCGUACCGGGUUGAGGAAAGCCAUCGGAGUCCCAGAGUUGGAGCGGUAUUUCAGAAGGUACCCAUCCUCCGUUCCCGAUCUGGUGCGGAAUAGUGCAUACGAGGAGGCGGUGAGGGAGAUAAAGGACAACACGUGUCAGCUGGCGAAGCGGCAGAUAGGGAAAAUCGUGCAGCUGAGGGAAGCCGGGUGGGACCUGAGGAGGGUUGACGCCACGGAAGCGUUUAUUGCGGUGAUGACGUCAGCGGAGGGGUGGUCUGAAAUUUGGGAGAAGCAGGUGUUAGAGCCAUGCGUGAAGAUUGUGAGGCCUUUCUUGGAGGAGUAGGUUUUCCAGCCUUUUCCAGCUAUACUACUCUUUAGUAGUUUGGUAGUUCUUAUAUUUUUGUUGGGGGCUCUCUCUCUCUCUCUCUCUCUCUCUAGAAAAUUGGAUUUAGAUCAUCGGCGUGGGGGGGGGGGGGGGAGCUCCUCGAUCAAUUGGUAAGAGUAUUGGCUGGGACAGGACACAGUUUUGGGGAAGGAAUUAGGAAAUUAGUCACAGAUUGGGACCAACUCUCCCGCACAAACAAAUUAAUUAACCAAACCACAGACCACAGUAGCACAGCUAGCAACACACAUUUUUGCCAAUUUUUGUCGACUCUGUUUAAUUCUUAAAUGUAUUAUGGUUUUUGGGACAAUCCUCGCAUUUUAGUCGAUAGCGUCGAUCGAUCAGGCACAUAAUGUUACAAAUUUUGCCUUUUUUCUUUUGCAGCCGCAGAUAGCAUGCCGUUUUUUAACUUCUUCUGCACCAAAUUUCGUUUUCACACCUUCAUCUUCACAUCUUGAAACAUAUAUUCAUUAUUCAUAGUGUAUAUAUAUAUAUAUAUAAUCCCUCAGACAUUCUGCUUAAUACUACGUACAGUUGUGUGAAGCCAAAUAUCGAUCAGGAAAACCAACC